UCCUAUAUAGCCCCCUCCCGUGCGCGGCUACCUGGCCUCUCUCCGCCUCCCCUAUUCCUCUUCCCCUGCGAUCCGCGCCGAGAGGAAGCCCUACGCGAGGGGAGCAGGGAAGAAGGGAGAAGAUCACCUGAUCACCGGUGCCAGGCAUCACAAUCUCGCGCAGGAGCGGAGAUGGGGCUCACGUUCACGAAGCUGUUUAGCCGCCUCUUCGCCAAGAAGGAGAUGAGGAUCCUCAUGGUCGGUCUCGACGCGGCCGGUAAGACCACCAUCCUCUACAAGCUCAAGCUCGGCGAGAUCGUCACCACCAUCCCCACCAUCGGUUUUAAUGUUGAAACUGUGGAGUACAAGAACAUUAGCUUCACUGUUUGGGAUGUCGGGGGUCAGGACAAGAUCAGGCCACUGUGGAGGCACUACUUCCAAAACACCCAGGGGCUCAUUUUUGUUGUGGACAGCAACGAUAGAGAGCGUGUUGUUGAGGCUAGAGAUGAGCUCCAUCGGAUGCUGAACGAGGAUGAGCUCCGUGAUGCUGUGCUGCUGGUGUUUGCAAACAAACAAGAUCUUCCUAAUGCCAUGAAUGCUGCUGAAAUCACUGAUAAGCUUGGCCUUCACUCCCUGCGCCAGCGUCACUGGUACAUCCAGAGCACAUGUGCUACCUCUGGUGAGGGGUUGUAUGAGGGGCUUGACUGGCUUUCCAACAACAUUGCCAACAAGGCUUGAAGCAUCUUGGCAGGGCUUCAAUCAACCAAUAUACGCCGGACAUUCGAGCGAAUGCUGCCUCUGUGGUACUGCUAUGAACUAUAGUCAUGACAGUGACAGAUAAUAUGGAGUGUUUUUGGAAGGAUAAAGCUCUUGGUUUGUCAAGGAGCUUGCUACCAGAUUGUUUUUUGGGUAUUGUUAAUUGUCCGUGUUUCUGUUUGGUUUCUCGUUUACGGUGUUACUCUGUACACGCCGGUUCGAGGCGUUGUAGUAUCGGAUUGUCUCUUGGCAUAGCUUAAUCGUUGUGUAAUUUGUUGUGUGCAGCAUCA